AAAAACCUCAUGCCUUAAAUACAUAACCCAAAAACACAGAAAAGGACACUUCCCAACUCUGCCAAAGACAAAGCAUGAAUCAAUCGCAAGAGGUCAUACAGAACUCAAUCCCACGAGAUAUUGCCCUCAAAAUCGUCUCCUCCCUUCAGGUACGGGAUGUGUGUUCGUUGGGCAGUUGCUCGCGGUUUUGGCGCGAGCUGUGCGGGUCCGAUUCUGUGUGGGAGUCUCUGUAUAGAGACAGAUGGCCAACCCGUGUUCCACAAAUUAAGCCCGCCUUGAUGGGUUGGAGGGAAUGUUACAUCGACAAGCAUAAAGAAAUGGAUCGCAUUGCAACAGAUGUUGUGCAACAGUUUUCAUGCACCGAAUCAAUUGAUGUUGGGCAAUACCUGUCAGCAAUCAAAGGCAUGUGCUUCAUGGAGUUGGGAUUUGGAGACGUGCAGAUGUUCUUUUUCAAGCCAAAGUUCAGCGUACUAAUUAAUCUGAUCGGGUUACACUACUGCAUUAGUUGGCUUGGAGUUCCGACUGCUUAUGUUGGGGAAGCACUUGAUAGCUGCAAAUUUCCAAAAGGGAGGUGCGUGUUCAGCGGUGGAAGACUGGCGGGUAUGAUUUCAUCCUUCGGAUGGACGGGUAUCUUUUUCGUACAUUCUCCUUGGCAGAUCUUGCAUUGGGCAAUGAAGAGGUAGUUCUGGGAGUUCUUAGUCGAGACCCCAUUGUGGAGAGGCUUUCUGUGCAGAUUUCUGCUGCUAAGCCUGUAUCUACUCCCCUGUCUGUCCGAUCCCCACCAACUCAUGACUAUUGAGGGUUUUCCCUUGUGCUGUGACUGGUGUAUUUGUUCACAAAUUUCUUUCUGCCCCCGAGUUAUAUUUGUAACUGACGUUAUGCAUGUGUUUUAUGUAUCUGUGUAUGUGCUCAUUACCCUAAAAAAUGUUUCACAUAGUUGUUGGGGGGUUGGGCCGUUAGGGAAGGUUGAAAAGUGGGUUGUUUUACACUGUCUUGGGUAGAACUUAAUUCCAAAAGCUAGUUGUUGGAAUUUGAAGCCUCACACUUAUAUAGUUCAUAACUUCAUAUUACUUUGGUACCCAGACGAUAUGAAACUUUUCUUCACAAAUUGAACCCGGAACUGCUUUACUGUUGGUUUGGAUUGAUGCCCGCGAAUAAAUAUUGAGAAUGCUGCACUCAAGUCCACUAGACAUUUGAUCUCAUAAUAGAUAUCUGUGGACGCAAAAUCAACUUUUUACCCAUUUGCUCUAGGUUCUCUCAUUCAAUUGCCACUCUUACAAAAAAAUAUAUUGAGAUGUUUUCAAAAGACACUUUUCAUUGGCAUCUGUGCAUUUAUGUGACGUAGCUAGCUUAUGUUACUCGCUUACUGGCUUAAGAGGUUUCUAUUUGACGGUAUAAUGGAUCAAGCAAGGAAACGAGCGGACCACACAAUCCUCAUAGUUCAGUAUGUAUGCUUUUAUUUUAUAUUAUUUAUUCUUUUCGGUCUAUUUUUUUUUAUUAUUCUUCUUUCUCACCUAUUUUUCUCUUUUAAAAAAUUGGCGAGAAGAAGUCAAUUUUGUCCUUUAAAAGUGGUCUAGUGCUGUCCAAUAAAAACCGGUAUUGGCCUAUAUCAGCCGGUACCGAAUAGUAUUUGAAACAGGUAAGCUUUUUAUUGCAACUUGCCGGAGAUUAGGAUAGGUAAGCUUUCUAUUGCAACUUGCCAGAGAUGAGGAUUGGUGAGUCCUACAAAUGGUCUUUUUUGUGAAAGAGUUAAAAGUAUAAAACAAACCUUUACAAAGGUUUUAGGGUGGGUAGUAUGCCACUCUGUCUUUAUCGUUUUGAUCCAUUCUCAAUGUAAAUUAUCCAUUUCUUAUUAACUAUCUUACCUAACGAGAGGUUAACCUCAGGUUAUACAGUAGUUGCUUGUGUUUCCUUGUAGUUGCUUGUGUUUCCUUAUAUAAAAUCUUACUUUACUUUUGUCCCCGAUGUGGGACUCUGGUACAUGCGGGUAGCAAUUUUCAGUUAUAUUUUUGUUGACAGGUUGUAUGAAGAAAACUUUAACAAGGGGAGGUUACAAAAAUGGACCAUUAUUUUGGACUGCGAAAAUGGAAGAUUUCACAAUGCUUUGGGGUUGAUCUUGAAUGUGGCUUUCUCGAUUACUCCUUUCAUCAAGUAGAGGCUGAAUUUCCUUCCAUAUUGAAGUCCCCAUAAAUAUUCAGUUGGUUACGUAGUUAGCCUGGGCAUGUCUUGUUUCAAAACAAAAAUAUCAGUUUUAUGCGGCAGUUUAAACAUGUUAGGUAGAUGUUACUUCCUGCAAAAUGUAUUUGAGGUUUAAACUGUCUUUCUCUUUUAUAAGGAGGCUUGACGAAAAUUGAGACAUACUAGCUCAGUGGUCAUAUACAAAGCAGGGUUAUGGAACCCUCUUAUACUGAUGAUCGCGUUGUAAGAGAAGCUAUUGUACUCAAUUUAACAUGAGCCACGCGUGUCUAGUUUCGAGAACAGAGAACCUAGAUUGUUUGGCAUAUCAGUCACUGAGAGAACAUAGACAAUGAUACGGGACAUGGCAGGGGAUAGGGGACACUGAUACGGGACACGAUAUUUCUAGAAAAUGGGGCCUUGAACAUGACAACGGACAUGGCAAUUUUUUGUCCGGAGUAUAUGAUUUUCUUAGCUAUGCAAACCUACAAUGUAACCACCACAUAUUUUGUUUAGUACUCCAAUCGUGUGUAGUAUAGACCGAUGGUAUACGCCUAUAUGCAUACACACAUUUAAUAUUUACAAUUUUGGUCAAAUAUUUUUGAAGUUGUAAAUAUUUACCCCUGGAAAUGCUUUUAAGAUUUACAAAAGCUGCCUCUCUGUGCUCCUGAUAUGCCCCACCAUAAACAAACUCCAUCAGUUUCAAAAGAUUGUCCAGUCUUCAAAACGAAACUUUAUAAUAUAAUAUUUUUUGUCAAAAGAAUCCGAACUUUUUUUUGUUGACAAAGAUGCAUUAUUUUUGAGUUCUCGUCUUGCGAGAGACAUAUUUUUUUGGAAAAUUCAAUAGAUGCAUCUUAGCGUGUCUCUAGGCUCUAGCGUGUUGCAUUUCGACAAGGAUACUAGCAACCUCUUGGUGUGUUGAUGCUUCAUAGAUAGUCAUUGACUGCUUGAUGAUCGUGUGGAUGAGUUGCGUACUAAAUUUUCAGUAACCAUUCUUAUUUCCACUCAUGUGACGAGGCUCUUCACAAUAAGCUGACCAGGUACAUGCCAGUAUUUUGAUAUUGGUUUGGUGGCGCGGCUCACCAUAAGAUCUUUUUAUCCUGGUUUUAUGCCAAGUUCAAAUCCGUUCCUUUUAAUUUCUGAUGUCUCAUUGUCUCAUGGUUUCUGUUUCCAGAUUGUUCAUAUUUGGGAAGCACUUGAUAGCUGCAAAAUUUCCCAAAGGGAAGUGUGCGUUCGGUGGUGGAAUCAUAGCAGACGGCUUUUAUGCCUUCGAUAUCUGGGAUUCUCAUUCUCGGAUGUUCUCCUUGGCAGAUAUUGCCUUGGGCAAUGAAGAGGAAGUUCUGGGAAUUCUUCGUGAACGUGUCAUUCUUGAGGUGAGUCGCGUGGAGAUUUCUGUUGCUGAACGGACCUGUACAAGUUUGAUGAGGUUUUGAAACAAAAAAAAAAAGAGAUGGAGUUUAAGAGGUGGUUGGAUAGUUGAGAGUGUGAGUUGGUAUUGUGCGGACCUAAUUUGUUAGGAAUGUGUGUAAGUAUUUGUGUUGUGUGAAUGUGGAAUGGUGUUGGAGGUGGUUCCGGUGCGGUGUUGGCUGCGGUUGAUCGGAAGGGGAUGGUGGCUUGUGGUUAUUAGCAGAUGAGGGUUUCUUGUUGUUUCUGGGCUUUGCCCAUUAGGUGUUCUGGGCUUGGCCCAAUAGGAGUGGACUUGUUCUAAUGGGUGCUUCUUUGAUCUGUUUUUUGCCAAUCUCGGAUUUGGAUAUCGGGUGGACACAUGAUUAUUUUUAGAUUUAGGAGCUUAUGUUCUUAGAUUUAGGGAUAUGAUGUCAUCAUCUCUUUUUCCUUUAAUCUUUGUAAUAAUUUCAAAGAUUAUAAAAAUAAAAAAUAAAAAAUAAAAUUUGCCCUUCAAAA